CGAGUCGGCGCGGAAARCCCUCCAGACUCCGACGGCGUAGGAGACGGCGGACAGCCAGUCGGUCACCGACAGCCAGCGCGACAAGUCAAGGCAUGUUCCAACGUCCCACCGACAGCUGAACCGGGCGCAUGAGCCURGACCAGAGAGGGAGGAGCAGAGGAUCAGAGAAGGGGGAAGCCCACAAAGCACCCAGCAUGACUCAGCCGGCCUCACCCUAAACAUAACUCCUCUCACCUUGGUGGCCUGCCUUAGACCCAGGACGAUCCACUYGCAUCUCAGGCUACAGGAGCACGGUGGAGAAGGUCUGAGGCCRUCUACUCCCCCCGUUUGUUUUUUAGGAGGGGGGGAGGAAAAAGAGGCGGAGGAAGGAGGAGCUGCUAGAACCACCUGGAGCAUGGGGCAGAAAGUCCCGGGUGGCAUUAAAACCAUUGACAUGCGGGAUCCGGCAUUCAGCCCCCUGACGGUGGAGCUGCAGGCCCUGAGUCACACCAAGCCGUCUCGACUGGAUCUGCUCCUGGACAUGCCGCCUGCCAGCCUGGAUGUCCAGGUGCAGCACUCGUGGAACAAUAACGACCGCUCCCUCAACGUGUUUGUCAAGGACGACAACAAGCUGGUGUUUCACAGGCACCCCGUGGCGCAGAGCACGGACGCCAUCAGGGCGCGCGUUGGCUAUACAAGGGGACUGCACGUGUGGGAGAUCAGCUGGGCGAUGCGACAGAGGGGCACGCAUGCGGUUGUUGGGGUGGCUACAAGUGACGCCCCGCUGCACUCUGUGGGCUACACCGCUUUGGUAGGAAGCAACGCAGAGUCCUGGGGCUGGGACUUGUGCAGAAGUAAACUCUACCACGAUGGCAAAAAUCUGCCAGGAAAAACCUACCCGGCCUUCCUCGAACCAGACGACACCUUCAUAAUCCCAGAUUCCCUCUUAGUAGUGCUGGACAUGGAUGAGGGGACUCUUGGUUACAUAGUGGAUGGACAUUAUCUUGGUGUGGCGUUUAGAGGACUGAAAGGCAAGAAGCUGUACCCAGUGGUGAGCGCCGUGUGGGGACACUGUGAAAUAAGAAUCCGGUACAUAAAUGGACUUGACCCUGAACCCCUGUCACUGAUGGACCUGUGUCGACGUUCAGUAAGGGUGGCCUUAGGAAGAGACCGUCUGAGUGAAAUCCAUAGACUACCCCUGCCGGCGUCUCUCAAGAACUACCUGCUCUACCAAUGACGACAACGCUGACUGUCACAACACUCAACCCUCCUUUUGUUUCUUUCUUGUGUUUCUCUGGGAUCGUUCUUGGGUUUAACCCGUUUGGCAGCAUUAUUCAAACCUCCAGCGCUGAUUCAGCAUGUACACUUCACYGGCAGUGGGUAGACUCCUUUUGCGUUUCUUGUUUUCAAUAUCUUAUUGCGACUGUAUUCUCUAACUUUGUAAAAAAACAAACAAACAAAAAAACAAGUAAUAAUAAUCAGGAAUCACUGAGCACUAUGCACACGCUGAUCCAGUCGACGCCCUGACAGCCACCUCCAGUUUGAAGGUUCAUUUGGCAUAAGUGGUCAGUGCCUCUUUGACCUCCAAACCUGUUCAUUUAUGCAUUCCUUUCGUGUAGCCUUCGAAUUUAAAUAUGCUAUGGCAAUUCUGAGGUGAACACUGAACUUUUAAUGUUGACACGGUCGUGCACUGCUAUUGUCAGACCACAAGGUGGCAGCACACUCAAUGGCAACAGUGCUUCGUCUCAAAUUGAGCGUUAUAUGUAAUAAAACCCUGUUUUUAGAAAAGAGUUUUAAAUGGAUCUUACACAGAAGAGAGAUGCUGACUGUUCCACAGAGAGCUUUUCAGUGCGGUGUGGAUGCACUGAAGCAGCUGAAGAGCAGCACCGACCACUCACCGCACCAUCAGGUUUCUGUGUGACGUGGAAGUGUCCCGUCUCAACAUCAGCAUUCUUUAACAGAAAGAUAAUGUCACUGUGAUUAUUUGUAGCAUGCAUCUGCAGGAAAAUUCCCAACAAACGCGUCCUUUUUUUGUUUCUUUUAUAGACUUUUUGUCACUUUUUUUUUUUAAAAGUGGAGUAGAUUUCAACCGUAUGCUGUUGAGGUCAAGUGUUUUUAAACUCCCAGAGUCUCUCCAAUGAGCACUGGUUUGCACAUAUUAAACCAGAGGAACGAAAAGAACCAGUGUAAUUACUGGUGAGAUACCUGAGAACCGUUAACAUUUGUGUUUAUGAAAUGUAACAGAUGGACUGGGGAUUUGGGAAGUGGUCUGCGUUGGAACUUGCAAACGUUGGUUUUAAAGCACCGUAAAAACGACAAUCUACAAAGUGCUGCACAAAUGUACCGAAAGAAGGCCAGACURCCAACCUUUUGUCAAAUGCCAUAUCCUAAUCUUACGGAAAAGGUUUUAAAUGUUUAUAAGUGAUGCACAUUCAGCACUCAGUUGGAUGUGGAUACAGUGCUACACGUUCCUUUUUUUUYYCUUUUUGUUUGUUUUUGCUUGCAACUUCCACCAGAUUUGUAUUCCUUGUUGUAGAUUUGUUUCUAAGUAUCUAUUAAAGUUUAUUUCAAAUUA